UUGUUGUGAAAAAAGGGACAGCGAGUUUGAAAUAAAAGUUGUUAGAGUGGUACUGGAGAGAAAAAAAGAAUUCAAGACCAUGUAUUGUGCAUACACAAUUCCAGGCAUGGGCGGAAAUUCUUUGAUGUACUACUAUAAUGGGAAAGCGGUUUAUGCCCCUUCUGCAAGCACUGCCGACUACAAUCGGGACUCCCCCGGCUAUCCAUCCUCAAAACCAGCAGCCAGCACUUUUCCUAGUUCUUUCUUCAUGCAAGACGGCCAUCAUGGCAGUGAUCCGUGGAACUCGUCCAGUGGAAUGAAUCCGCCUGGAUAUGGAGGAAUGUUGGGCAAUUCACCUCAUAUUCCACAGUCCAGUAGCUAUUGCAGUCUUCAUCCUCAUGACCGCUUGAGCUACCCAUCACACUCCUCAGCAGACAUCAAUUCCAGUCUUCCUCCAAUGUCCACCUUCCAUCGCAGUGGUACAACCCAUUACAGUGCUUCUUCCUGUACACCUCCUGCAAAUGGAACAGAAAGUAUAAUGGCAAACAGAGGAAGCGGAGCAGCAGGAAGUUCACAGACAGGCGAUGCGCUGGGAAAAGCACUUGCCUCUAUCUACUCUCCAGAUCAUACCAACAACAGCUUUUCAUCAAAUCCUUCAACUCCUGUUGGUUCUCCCCCUUCUCUCUCAGCAGGAACAGCUGUUUGGUCUAGAAAUGGAGGGCAAGCGUCAUCAUCUCCCAAUUAUGAAGGUCCCUUACAUUCUUUGCAAAGCCGGAUUGAAGACCGCUUGGAAAGACUGGAUGACGCUAUUCAUGUUCUCCGGAACCAUGCAGUGGGGGCUUCAACUGCCAUGCCUGGUAGUCAUGGUGACCUCCAUGGCUUAAUAGGCCCUUCUCAUAAUGGAGCAAUGGGAGGCCUCGGAUCAGGAUACGGGACAGGUCUUCUUUCAGCCAAUAGACAUUCACUAAUGGUGGGGGCUCAUCGUGAAGAUGCAGUCGGCCUCCGUGGCAGCCAUUCGCUUGUGCCAAACCAAGUUCCUGUUCCGCAGCUGCCCGUGCAGUCUGCCACAUCUCCUGACUUAAGCCAGCCUCAGGAUCCAUACAGAGGCAUCCCAACUGGACUUCAAGGGCAAAGCAUAUCUUCAGGGAGUUCUGAAAUAAAAUCUGAUGACGAAGGAGAUGAAAACCUCCAGGACACAAAACCUUCUGAGGACAAGAAGUUGGACGAUGACAAGAAGGAUAUCAAAUCAAUUACUAGGUCAAGAUCUAGCAAUAAUGAUGACGAAGAUCUUACACCGGAGCAAAAAGCAGAGCGCGAGAAAGAAAGAAGAAUGGCCAACAAUGCCCGUGAGCGCCUGCGUGUCCGUGACAUCAACGAGGCUUUCAAGGAGCUCGGCCGGAUGGUGCAGCUCCAUCUAAAGAGUGACAAGCCCCAGACCAAACUUUUGAUCUUACAUCAAGCUGUAGCAGUUAUCCUCAGUUUAGAGCAGCAAGUCAGAGAAAGGAAUCUGAAUCCUAAAGCAGCAUGUUUGAAAAGAAGGGAAGAAGAGAAAGUAUCUUCGGACCCUCCUCCACUUUCUUUGGCAGGACCCCACCCUGGGAUGGGAGACACAUCUAAUCAUAUGGGGCAGAUGUAAAAAAAGGAACAAGGUCCAAGUUGCCACAUUUUCUUCAUGUAAACCAGAGACCACUUCCUAAACAGCUGUAUUAUCUUAAAAACAUAUAAACACUUAACCCUCCCCCUUUUUGUAAUAUAAUAAGACAAGUCUGAGUAGUUACGAAUCACAGACGCAAGAGAUUUCAGCAUUCCUGAUUUUGAAAUAAAGAAAAAGUGCAACUUGAGGGACAUCUCUUUUCAACAUAUCAUUCGGAAUGUUUCCAGCAGUAUGUUAACAGCUGUAAAUGCACAGCCAGGAGACUGAAUGGCAAUCUUCUCCACACUGUGGGACAAUGCAUUUGUGCCUAAACUUCUUUUGGAAAAAAAAAAUAUAAUUAAUUUGUAAGUCUGAAAAAAAAAAUAUUUAAUUUAAAAAUUGUAAACUUGCAAUAAUGAAAAGUGUACUUCUGAAGAAAAAAAAAUGAACGUUUUCAUUGGUGUACUAGUCAGCUAGUGUUUAUACUUACUGGAUAUUAAAAAGGGAAGCACCGCUACCCCAAUAUUUACAAAACCAGCAAAUGUCCUGAUGAAAACUGAAGUAAUGACAUUAGCCAUUCCUUAGGGUAGGAGGAACAGAUGGAUCUUAUAGACCUAUGACAAAUACAGACAAACACACCGACACAA